UCGGCUCAUUUACUGACACCUGUUGUGGAAUGGAAAACUGGUUUGAUGUUGAAUUAGAUUUAUUGCAUUUUGUUUCAAUUAAUGUGCGUUUGGGAGAGUUGAACGUUAUGUUGCAGCAUUAAUUUGAAUAUAAUUAUAUUUACGUUAUGAAGUUCAAGGUCGUUUGAAAACGCGGAUGCUUGGAACUGCUGCAGGAACUGGUAGGAAAAUUAUAAAGUUGAUGCUAGCCCAGAAACAUUUCUCUUACCAAGCUAGUAUAACCAUUGUCACGUCUACACCAUGUGGUCAAGAUGCAGAAAGCUAUACGGGUAAAUGAAAAUCAGCUACUAUAUCUGGCAAACAAAGCAAGGAUUGAGAACAGUAUCAGCGGAUAUCUAAACAAAAAGAGUGGAGAAUCUGCAAAAUGGCAGCUACGGUGGUUUUCUUUAUAUCAGAAUUUGCUAUUUUACUAUGAAAAUGACAGCACCACCAGGCCCUCCGGGAUAGCUUUCCUAGAGGGAUGUUACUGUGAACGGAUUCUGACACCAAACUCUGUCAAAGGAGAAAAACAGCUGUACAGUUUUGCCAUCAACUUUACCAAAGAAGGACAGAGGCAGUAUGAUCUGGCAGCAGAGUCUGAAGUGGAGUGCAAUGCAUGGAUUGAUGCCAUCAAGAUGGCAAGUUUUAGCCGGGUUAUUGAACAAAAAGAGCAAUUGGAACAAAAACAUUUGCACUUGCUUCAAAUACUGGACAGUGAACGCAAGGCUAGAUGGCAGUAUGUUCAGCAGACAGAGGAACUGACAGAGGAGGUGAAAAAACUGAAAACUGAGCUGCGUGAGUUCAAGACUGGAAAGAAGGAUCCUAACCAUGUGAAAGCUGCAACAUCAACAGAAGAAGAAAGUGAUGAAAUAAAGAAAAUAAAGAAGGUUCAAAGUUUUUUCCGAGGAUGGCUUUGCCGCAGACGUUGGAAACAAAUUGUAGAGGAAUAUAUUCGAUCACCGCAUGCAGAAAUGAUGCGGAAGCGGAAUAGCAUUGUUUUUGGGAUGGUGGAAGGAGAAGAGGAAUAUGUCAAGCAACUUUCCACUUUAGUAUCUUGUUUCCUGCGCCCAAUGAAAAUGGCAGCAAGCUCCAAAAAGCCACCUAUCACUCACGAAGACGUCAAUUCUAUAUUCCUGAACAGUGAAACAGUAUUGUUUCUGCACCAGAUCUUCAUGAAGGGUCUUUGUGCAAGAAUGGAGAACUGGCCUACUUUAGUACUUGGUGAUCUGUUUGAUAUGCUCCUCCCAAUGCUGGGAAUUUACCAGGAAUAUGUACGCAACCACCAUUACAGUCUACAGGUGCUGGCAGAGUACAAACAGAAACUGGAGUUUAGCACACUUCUUAAACGUUACGAGGAGAAACCACCAUGUGAAGGGAGGUCUCUCGAAACUUUUCUCACAUAUCCUAUGCACCAAAUACCUCGCUACAUUGUCACACUUCAUGACUUGCUUGCUCAUACUCCGCAUGACCAUGUGGAAAGAAAAAGUUUAGAAUAUGCCAAGGGGAAGUUGGAGGAAUUAUCAAGGGUGAUGCAUGAUGAAGUCAGUGAAACAGAGAACAUCCGUAAGAAUCUGGCAAUAGAACGGAUGAUAAUUGAAGGCUGUGAUAUUUUAUUAGAUGUCAACCAGACCUUUGUAAGGCAAGGUUGUCUCCUGCAAGUAAUGACAGAGAAGGUGAAACCCAAUAGAGGUCGUCUGGGGUCAUUUAGCUCUUCUUUUAAAGAAAGCAAGAAAGAGACGGUACGCCAAGUGUUCCUGUUCACAAAUCAUCUGCUGAUAACGUCCAGAGCAUCCAAUGGAAGACUACACCUUGCAAAGAACUAUGGCAAAAUACCUCUGAUUGACUGCACAUUGGUGGAGGACUCCAACUCGGACAUCUUCUUCUUUGAUGAUGAGGCCUCUUCUAUGGAAAGCUUGAAUAACCUGCCAGGCAGCAAUACUCUGAGUACACCAAAUGAAUCCUACUCUGACAAGAAACUCUCCAUAGACUACAAGGGAUUGGAUUUCAAGAUAAUAGUGGACUCCAAGAGUGGCCCACCCAUGACCAUAACACUGGUGGCAUCCUCCCUACAGGACAAGGCGGCAUGGUGUAGUGACAUUAGUCAGUGCAUAGAAAACCUGCACUACAGUGAUCUACUGAACAGCUCCAUGAGUGACACUUCCUCAGUCACCAUGCCACAGUCUGUGAGGUACAUUCACAGCACUCAGAUAUGGUCUGACCCCAAGCUCUUCAGGGAUGACAUUGAUAUCAAAUUCAGCAGAACUCUCAACUCUUGCAAAGUUCCUCAGAUCCGCCAUGCAUCGGUGGAUAAGCUGCUAGAGCGUCUGACAGAUCUCAGGUUUCUCAGCAUAGAUUUUGUGAACACAUUCCUCCUGACCUACAGGGUGUUCACCAAUGGAGAUGCUGUGCUGGAAGCCCUGAAGAAGGUCUACAAGAACCCUGAGUGUGGAGGUAUUGAAGGCUCUGGCAUGGCCCCAGCUUCCUUACAAGCACAGAGACGACACAUCAAGAUUCGUGAAGCAGAUUCAUGGAGCAUGGAUUCUGAUGUUUUUCAACCGAACCCUGCAGACACUCCCCCAGUGAGCACAUCUAGUCGCAAUAGUACCCCUGAUGCAAAACAGUUCAUCCGCCCCCAGCCUGAGAAGCCACGCCGUAUCAGCACUGGGAGCAUGAAGAUAGAGGUCACUGGUGCUGAAGAAAAAACCGCAAGCUCUAAUGAGCAAAAAUUUUAUUUAUUCAAAUUUUUUUCUAAUUUCCUAGAAGAGAAGGAAGACUCUUCCACGGACAGUGAGAAAGGCAGUACCCCCACCAGCACAGAGGUGACAGGACUUCUGUUUCCUCCCAAGAGAAAACUGGCUCCCAUAGCCUCCUGUGAGACCUUGUCUGAUUUUCCUGGUGCCCUGUCUCCAGUGUCACCCACUUCAAUGACACGACUAAGGCUAGGACAUUUCCCAGGAGAGUCAUCAUCAGACAGUUACACACUGCAGGUCCCUACUGAUCCCAACCUGUCGCAGUCCUCAGAUACAUUAACAGGAGGACUAGACAAUGUCUCUUCAUGGUCUCAUAGUACAAACUCGGGGACUCUGACCCCAGGUUCUAAUGGGGACUCGCUCUCUGACAGCCCAACUAAACUAGGCUAUAGUGCCUUUACCCCCAUACCACAGAGAACUCCUAAUAGGAUUUCGUUCAGACCAGAAGAGAAGGAAAAAGAAAAGGAGAAGGAGACUGGAGAAAAGAUAGAGCAGCAACGUUCUCCUAGUGCAAGCCCUAAAAUGGGUCGAAAACCAUCCCCAGUUCGCAGUUCAUCACCACUGUCAAUUCCUCUUGCAACCAUAGCAGCAGUGCUGCGUAGACCAACUUCUCCAUUGAAUGUACCACAAGCCAGUCCAAAAUUGAGGCGAUCCUCCUCCCCAGUCACUGGGGCAUCCCCGCAGGCUACGUCUCCAGUUGCUAGCCCUAAAUUGAAGAGAGCAUCAUCCCCCAUCAUCUAUAGUUUCUCUUCCCCUAGUAUUAUAUCUCCCCAAAAGCCAAAAGCCAAGCUGGGCAGUGUGGACUCCACCCAGUCUGACAGUGGCGUGUGUCUGACCUCACCUCGCCACAGCUUGGUGACAAUGGAGGGGUCCCCACCCUCGGCCAAGGCCGGCGCUGUUAUCACCUCCUCCAGGCCUUCCAAGCGAAGGUCUAGUUCAUCAGCUGCCACCACUGCAUUUGCGGCAGCCACAGCAGGAGUGGCUAACACAAACUCUGAGAAUCAGAACCACCACCCCAAGGGCAUUAAUAGGUACCACAGUGCAGUGUGGGCCAAUGGGAUCCCUGGUAUGAGCCCAGCACACCCAACCAGAAGGAUGAACAGAUAUCACAGUUUCACUGGAGCCGGUGACCUUAAACCAUAUAAUGUGAACAAGAAGAGGGAGUCUGUCAUAAGCACGGCAGCAACCAUGAGAGUACUUAAUGUACUGAGACACUGGGUCUCAAAACAUUCUCAGGACUUUGAAACAGACCCUAAGCUGAAAGCAGAAGUGAAGGAUCUCCUGGAAGAGAUGGUGUGUAACACUAACCUCCUCCCAGCUGAGCACAAGGCAGCAGCUAGUAUUUUGCGUACAAUGGCCAAGGAGGAGUCAGCUAACACAUACAGGGUAGACCUGGUGGCUGUGCUGUCUCCACCACUGAAACCCUCCAAGGACACAUUUGACACCCUGUCUGCCUUGGACAUAGCUGAGCAGCUGACAUACCUGGACCACCACAUCUUCAUGGCUAUAAGGAGCGAGGAAUUACUAUGUCAAGCCUGGAUGAAGCCAGACAAGGCAGAGAAGGCUCCCCAUGUUCUCAUGGUCAGCAAGAGAUUCAACGAGGUCAGCAGAUUGGUUGUUUCAGAGAUUGUCCGCCGGCCAAAUUUUCAGGAGCGCAUUGCUUGCAUCGAGAAAUGGGCAGCUAUUGCUGACAUAUGUCGCUGUCUGCACAAUUACAACGGUGUGUUACAAAUAUGUGCUGCAUUUGUCAAUAGCUCAGUUUAUAGGCUGAAGAAAACAUGGGAUAAAUUAUCUAAACAGACCAAGCAGAUGAUAGAAAAGCUCCAGCAGUUGGUCUCAUCUGAUGGCAGGUUUAAGAAUAUGCGGGAUGCCCUCCACAGAUGUGAUCCGCCAUGCAUUCCUUAUUUGGGCAUGUAUCUUACUGAUCUCUCUUUCAUCGAGGAAGGCACACCCAAUGUCACAGAAGAAGGACUAGUCAACUUUUCCAAAAUGAGAAUGGUUGCUCAUGUAAUACGUGAGAUCCAGGUGUUCCAACAGACCUCAUAUAAGAUAGAUCUCCAAACUAAGGUGACUGCCUACUUACUGGACCCAACCAGACUGCUUGAUGAAGAAGAAACCUACAAAGCAUCACUGGAAAUUGAACCACGAACCUCCAGGCUUUCCAUAAAUGCAGCUGAGGGAAAAUAAGCAGUUGACCAUGUGCAUUUGCUUCACAGUUAUUCACAAUUACAUGUUAUAUGUAUUUCUUGCCUUCAUUUUUGGAAGCUGCAAGUUAAGAAGGAAAGCAUUUGAGGAUGCCACAUGGUUUUGGAUGCAAGUUUACUUAUUUUGCAAAUGGUAUAUUAGAUGACCUUGUCUAUAACCGUGUGGUCUUUCAAACAAAAUUUGUUAAAAUUAUAUAUACAAACAGGCACUCACUAGUCCAGGUGAGGUCACAUGUUUGGUCAUUCAGUCACAAAAGCAGGACUUAUGAAAGAAAGUGAUAGAUGACCAAAAAACUGUCAAAUAUAUUUGGCAUCUUGAGAUAUCAUCAUAGUUGACAUAAAAUGUAAAGAUAAGCAAAACGUACUGGUAAGUAUUACAUUUCAAAUGGACAAUAAUGAGUUAUCAAAUAUGAUACUAUUUCACAGUACUUAUUUAUAUGUGGGAAUGUAGAUUAACAUAAUGUGUCACUGGGUUCUUAGUGGAGAAUGGAAAUGACAUAGUAAGUCACAAAACUUAACAGUUUAGAAGUCCUGCAUAUGGUGUGUAAUAUAAUGGAUGGUGAUGAAAAUUGUAUUAUUUCAUCUUUAACAGUCUCGAAUCCAUCAUGAACACUUUAUGAUUAUAUGGGGUACCAUUUAAAUGCGUGUGUAACAUUAAAGGGCCUCUUUACCUAUGCUAAAGGGGUCAUGUUUUUGUUAUUGUUUGCAAUGUCAUUAUUAUAGAAAUGAAUCGUACAAGCCGCAGGAAUAUACCUAUAGCUAUGAUGUUAACGAUGUGUAUCGUGAACUUUUUUGAUUGUUUGCAGUUCUGUUGUGUGGUUUCACGGCCUUCCUUUUUUUUCAUUCCCAAACAUCCUACACCAGUAAUGUAUUUUUAAAUUGUAUUUGUGAUAUGCUUAAGAAUUGUGAAAGGUGUUAAAGACUAUGGUAAUACAGAAAAAAGCUAAAUUGAUAAGUUCAGUUUUCCAUUCCAUGUGUGUACAAUGUAGCUUGAGAAACAAUUUCAAAUAUGGAUGAAUAUGCCAUUGGUUUUAUCCAUUUAUGAAGGUACUUUGGUGCCUCCUUACUGUGGUUACUAGGCUAUAGUGAUGUAAAAAAAAAAAGCCUGGAUCACUGUCUUGUCUUGGGUAACUUGAGCUGGGAAGGACAUCAAUUUGUUGUAUUUGUGCACACAAUGAUUUCAGUGGUCAUAUCUUUGAAAUUACCAGGCAUAUCAUAGGAGCAAGUGGAAAGCAUGUGAAAGUGCUAUUUUGAAGUGAAAUGGCCAUAGAGUAGCAAGCAAAGGGAAGAACAUUAAAAAUUUGUAUCAUUUACUGAUAACAUGAAAUAAUUGUACACAGAAAAAAAAUGAAAAAAAUUGAAAUGGAUGACCUGGUAUGUUUUAUGCACUGGGUACCAUGCACAAGUUAAUAGUAUUUUUUUCUUUUGGAACAUACACCAGUCUGUGUCAGUUGUUGUUUUUUAGAAUAUGUCUAAUGUAUUAUUAUUAUUAUUAUUGUAAAUUAUUUCAUUGUAUUUAUUUUUGAAAGUAUCUUUGCAAUAUGACAUCACAUUCUUAGCGUACAAAUGGCAGAAUGUUCAAAAGUGCAAUCUUAAACCUCUUGCACAAAUGUUUUUUGCUUGAAUUUUUAUUUAGUCAAAUAUUCAGCAUUGUUGUCAACUUUUACAUUUUACAUUCAUUUUAGUACAGUUUUAUCUGUUCACUCACUCAGUGGUACAUGUUAAAAUACUGACAUUUUGCAGAUAUAAUUUUUUCUGGCCAUAAAAUUGUUCUUGUACAGUUUUUUGCUUGGUGCUGUGCAUCUUUCUAUAUGAAAAUAUUAUAUGAAUUUACAUAGAAAAUAUUAUAAAUACACAUAUAUGUGCAAUAUACAUUUUAUAUUUAGGAGAUGUGGCUGGCUCCAACGCAAACAAAACACAUUUUGUGUGAAUGUAUAUGUUAAUGAAAAAAUCUAUUGAUAUAAUUGAUGUUUUGUCUCUGCAGUUGCAGUGAAAUACUCGAGGUGUUUUUGAAUUGUGACAUAUCGUUUUAGCUUAAUAGUUACCACAUUUUUUCCAUUUUCAAAGAUUGUAGAA